CCCUUCCUCCUUAAAUAUCGAAACCAAACACGUAACCCAAAUCUACACCAUCACCACCUCCGUGAAUCGAAGGUGAGAGAGCUUCUCUCCCGGCGAGCCUGUCUCUCGUUUAGAAUUGACCCAAACACUCCCCACACGAAAAGGCAUUUUUGUUUCUUUGUUGGUUCUUGUGAUCUGAUACAAAAGAUGGGAUCCUCGGAGCUGAUUUUUAGAGGUCAUGACGAGACUCAAACAACAUCUGAUGCUUACUCACCUAAGCCACCGAAGCCAUGGCUCGCCGUCACCCGACCCAUUCGUUACCUGCUUCUUGAGCAGCGACUCGUCUUUAUCCUCGUCGGCAUUGCUAUUGCCACUCUUUUCUUCACUCUCCUGCCUUCUUCCUCUUCAUCAUCCCCUUACGAACACGAUCCAAUUCCAAACACUUUCUCUCACUUCUCUCAUGAGUUAACAACCCCUAUGCGUUACAAAUACUACGAGCCCCUUCGGGUAGGAUUCCAAUCAGCCAGUUCCGGCGGCAAGAUUCCGCUGGGACUCAAGAGUAAAAGUCUCCGAAUCGUUGUUACGGGUGGGGCUGGGUUUGUUGGGUCUCACUUAGUGGACCGUCUGAUCGCUAGAGGAGAUAGCGUGAUCGUGGUGGAUAAUUUUUUCACGGGAAGGAAAGAGAACGUGAUGCACCAUUUUAAGAACCCGAGAUUUGAGUUAAUCAGACACGAUGUUGUCGAGCCACUGUUGCUAGAAGUGGACCAGAUCUACCAUCUUGCUUGUCCCGCAUCGCCUGUUCAUUACAAGCACAACCCGGUCAAGACAAUAAAGACUAACGUCGUGGGCACAUUGAAUAUGUUGGGUUUGGCUAAGAGAGUUGGUGCUAGGUUUUUGCUUACCAGCACCAGCGAGGUUUAUGGUGAUCCUUUACAGCAUCCUCAGGUCGAGACGUACUGGGGCAACGUUAAUCCCAUCGGUGUCAGGAGUUGUUACGAUGAAGGAAAGAGAACUGCUGAGACAUUGACGAUGGACUAUCAUCGAGGUGCUGAUGUAGAGGUUAGGAUUGCUAGAAUUUUCAAUACUUAUGGACCUCGAAUGUGCAUAGAUGAUGGCCGUGUUGUUAGUAAUUUUGUUGCUCAGGCACUAAGGAAGGAGCCUAUGACUGUUUAUGGUGAUGGGAAACAGACAAGGAGUUUUCAAUUUGUUUCUGAUUUGGUUGAGGGUCUGAUGCGCCUUAUGGAAGGAGAACACGUAGGGCCUUUCAAUCUUGGAAAUCCGGGUGAAUUCACCAUGCUCGAGCUUGCUCAGGUGGUCCAGGAAACCAUAGACCCAAAUGCAAGGAUAGAAUUCAGGCCUAACACAGAAGAUGACCCACACAAGAGAAAACCUGAUAUUACAAAGGCUAAAGAUCUCCUUGGCUGGGAACCUAAGAUAUCCCUUCGUCAAGGUCUGCCAAUGAUGGUCUCAGACUUCAGGCAACGCAUCUUCGGUGACCACAAGGAAGAAGGUAGUGGUCGCAGCAGCAAGAACAGCAGAUGAGCGUUGUUCUCUGAGGAAUAGAUUUGGAGCUGUUCUUUUGGCCUUUGUUUGAGCCAUCUUUGUAAUUUCAAUGGUACUGUCCCCUUCAAAGAAUGUCAGGCGGUGAGCCCUGCAAUUAAAAUUAAAAUUUACCUAGUUUUUGAUGCAAUUGAUAUGUCUAGCAGCAUUAGAAA